UCUUCCUUAUAAAUUUCUUUCAUCGUCUUCUUCGUCCUCCUCCUCCUCCUCCUCUAUGUUUCUCUCUCUCUCUAAACCCCACACCAAAACUGUGGCGGCUAUAUUCUCCAUCCCCCCUGUGUUUUAGUCUGUUUCAUCUCUUUCUCAGAUUCACUUUCUCGUCUCGUACAAAUCAGGAAUCAAACAAUGGUGAGUUCGAUAGUAAAAAUGGAGAACGAUGACGUGAUGACUCCGCCAUGGCUAACACCAAUGCUUCGAGCUGACUACUUUGUGACUUGUUCGAUUCACGCAAGAUGGAGUAAGAGCGAAUGUAAUUUCUUUUGCUUGGACUGUUCAGGCAAUGCCUUUUGCUCUUACUGUUUGGUUCAUCACAGAGACCAUCGUGUUGUUCAGAUUCGACGAUCUUCGUAUCAUAAUGUGGUAAGAGUGUGUGAGAUUGAGAGACAUAUUGAUGUCUCUUGUAUUCAGAAUUAUGUUAUCAACGGUGCUAAGAUCCUCUUCUUAAACGAGAGACCUCAGUCUCGACUUGGUACAAGCUUGGACAAAAUAUGUCAGAUCUGUUUUCGUAACCUCAUUGAUUUGUGCGGCUUCUGUUCUUUGGCUUGCAAGCUUGAUGGUGUCAAGAAUGGAGGUGACCCAUACCUGACCUUCUCUUUGAGAGGAACGCUUGGUGACUCUUCGAAGAUCUGUAAUACCGGAGUUUGUAACGGUUUGAUCAAUGGAAUCUCAGUGGGAGUCGACAACCAACGCAGCGAAACAGCGGCUGUGGUAUCUCCAGGGACACCUUCGAUUGAGAGCAACCGAGAUUACCCAAAAAAGAAGAGAAGAAAGGGCAUACCUCACCGAGCACCUUUCUAAAAGGCUUUAUUAAAGAGUUGAGGUAUAAUAUGGGAAUAUGGUAAAACCCCUGAGAAAAAGAAAAAGAAAAAUUGUUGGUAAAGGGAAUCUUAUUAUAAAUAGUAGCAACCUUAUUUAAGAACAGCACAUAACAAAAAUGUGAUGUUUCAUAGAAGUUUGGGAUAUAAAUAUAUGAUUAAAGCAGCCUUAAUUAUCUCAUACCAGGUUACUAAUACCAGGUUAGACCCGCGCG